AUGCCGAAAAAUCGCCCUGCCACCUCCGGCUACGCUCGCCUCGCCCAGGCAGAAGAUGAUUCAGAAGAUGACGAAACCCCAGUUUCAAUCGCAUCCACCUCCGCUCCUCGAUAUGCUCCCAUCUCAUCCCGAGCCCAGAUGCAGGCGUCCGGUCUCCAUUCACCCCCAGAACAUCGACGCAGACACAGUGGUGUCCAGUUUCCGCGAGGUCGUCGCAACUCCGGAGUGGAUAUAAAGGCGAUCAAUGCACGUCUCGAAAAGUGGGCGGAGGAGAUUGCUUCCAAAUUCAAGAUUAACCGCGUUAAGGGCAAGAGCUACGAGGAGGAAAAGCUGGAGAUUUAUCAUUCUGUCUUUCAAGCCCCUCCUGGAGUUACACCUGUUACAGCCGAAGCCCUCGAGUCCGAUGAGUUCGAAGGUCAGCAAAGGCGGGCCCGCGCCGAGUAUGAGGAGAUCGUCGAAAGUGUCCGGGUUGCCAUUGAAAUGGGGGUACAUCCCCGGAUGAUCUCACAAGGUAGCUCAGGUAGCUACUUUGCUCGAAACACGGAAGGGAAAGUGGUAGGUGUUUUCAAACCGAAGGACGAGGAGCCGUACGCCUCACGAAAUCCCAAAUGGACCAAGUGGAUUCAUCGCAACCUGUUUCCCUGCUUCUUCGGACGCGCAUGUCUCAUUCCCAACCUUUCCUACGUAUCCGAAGCCGCCGCCUAUGUCCUCGAUGCUCGCCUACAUACGAACCUUGUCCCUUAUACAGGAAUUGUGCGACUGUCAUCGAAGUCGUUCUUCUAUGAUUUCUGGGAUCGAAGAAAGGCAUGGAAAGGGAAGAAGUCCCUGCCUCCAAAGGCAGGUAGCUUCCAAGUCUUCCUGAAGGGAUUCAAAGAUGCAAACAUAUUCCUCCGCGAACAUCCGUGGCCUGACCAGACGAACACUGGAUUCCGCGCGGAAGAUGCACCAAAACGCAAGAAACGGCCAUGGAACGAGGCAUGCCGUCCUUCCGGAGCCCAGUCAGAUGAUGAGGAUGACGAAGAUCCUGGAUACGUACCUUCACCCUCUGGCUCGCGCGACGAAAGUUCCGAACGCCGAUUUUACUGGACGGAGAAUCUCAAACAAUCAUUCCGCGAGGAGCUGGAAAAGCUCGUGAUUUUGGAUUAUAUCAUGCGCAACACUGAUCGAGGGCUGGACAACUGGAUGGUCAAGAUUGAUUGGGGCACAGAACAAGUCUCGAUCGUGGCAGAACCCCCCAAGGCCAGCGAGCCGCAACCGAAGCACGACGAAGAUGAGCUGAUGCCUCCAGCUCGUCCAAUUUCUGUGAACUCAAAUGGCACGCCUACUCCUUCUUCUCUUCCCUACAGGCGACACGAAACGAUGAUGGCUAUCAGUCGCACCGGCACUCCACUAGCUUCAUCAGAGCAGUCGGCCUCUGUUCAACUUGGUGCCAUCGACAACAGUUUGUCCUGGCCUUGGAAACACCCAGAUGCCUGGCGCAGUUUCCCCUUCGGCUGGCUUUUCUUACCAGUUUCUUUGAUCGGGCAGCCUUUCUCGCAGAAAACUCGUGACCACUUCCUUCCUCUACUCACAUCCACUGCCUGGUGGAGCGGGACACAAAUGGCCUUGCGUAGCGUAUUCGCACAAGAUGACGAUUUCAAGGAAAGCAUGUUCGCUCGACAGAUAGCUGUCAUGAAAGGCCAAGCUUGGAACGUGGUGGAAACUCUGAAGCAACCAGAUCACGGGCCUCUUGAACUUACACGCCGAACUCGAGUCUGUGUAUGGGACGAUUUGGUUGAUGUCCCCGUUGCCAUCCCGAUGCGCGCCCCCUCUACAGAGCGACAAAGAAAUCGAUCUAUGAAUUACGACCCUGAUGAAGAAGAAGAGAUGGACAUUGGUGCAUCUGCCUCUUCCCAACCAAUCCCUGAGCACGACUUGCUGGGCUUGAACUCGUCGCCAAGCGACCUCCCCAACCCAAACCGGUUCGAACUUACCCGUGGUCGAGCUGACGCUGAUAGCGUUGCUGAUGGUUCGAUUGGUAGCCCGGCAACUCUCAACGACCCUGAUUUCGGCCGUCGAUACACAGAUGGUGCUGGCGGCUCUUUAGACGGGUGGCCUUCGCUUUCUUCCCGUUCACAAAAGCACCGCAAGAAUGGCGGUUCCUUGUCCUACCGCGCUCCCCGAGUUAACACAUUUGGCAGUGAUGACCUGGAGGGCGAUCUUGGCUACGCAGUCGCUGAGGGCAUGGAAGGCAAUCAGCGGAAGGUAAUUGUCGAACGCUUGGAAGCUGUGAAAAGCAAGAACCCCGUGUUCACUUGGUGCUGA